AUGAAAUUCCAUCUCGCUGCCGCGACGACGCUAUUUGCCUUUGCCGUCUCACAGGCAACGGUGCCAGAGGAUCUUAAAGGUGGCUUUCGCUCAGGUUCAAUCGAGCUGCAGCUAAGUUUUGGCGGAGAUGCGUCCGAGGGUCUUGCUGAUGGCGCCGUGGUAUCCAAGGAGGAUGCAUCGCGCACACCCACCUUUGCCUUGGGCGAUGCGUCGGGCGUUAACAGAGCGCUCGGGUUCACCAUUAUGAUGGUCGACACCACCGAUCGGAAUUCGAGGCGAGUCCACUAUCUGCAGACUGAUUUCAAGGCGACGGGCGAGAAGACCAAGAUCGAAUCGUCGAGCCAGCCCGUGGUCCCGUACGCGGCUCCCGGGAGCAAGGGCGAAACUGGGAAGAGGGAAUAUUCGUUUUUGAUGUAUCUACAGCGGCCAGGGGCCCAGAUGAGCAAUGUCCCUGCGGCGGGCGAUACCAUCGAUGUCAAGGAGUUUGAGAAACAGAAUGGAUUGCCGGAUGCUCGAACCGGCAUGGCCAUCAGCGUGGAUAUGGGCGGAGAUGGCGCAAGGCCUCCAGCUGACCCUGCGAGAACAUCUUCCACGACUGCCGCUGUGAGCACAACUGCAUCAUUGCCCACUUCCAGCUCAAGCUCUAUUGUCUCCAUUUCGAGCACGUCCGCUACCGCUAUCACAUCGACAGCAGCUCCGCCGGAAUCAGAAAACCCAUUCAACAGAGUGGACCCGGGCCUCUUCCCGUUCCCCUUUUCAUUCCCUGUUGCGACACCCACGGCCGAUCCGAUCGCCAUCCCAACGACUAUUAUUACAUCAAGCACGGGUGUGUCACCAGCCUCUAACAAUGCAACUGCCACAGUCCCCAGUCUACAGGGAGCUAACGAGAGCACCGGCACUUCAUCAGGGCGGAAUCCCCCCACGGUCGCCACCUCCGCGACGGAUGAGGCUACGACAGACCCACCUGCAGCAGAGGAAACGGGAGAAAGAAGGCCGGAGAUGCCCAUAUUCACGCAGACCAGCUUUGUGGUCGUGGCGCCAUCGGGUCCGGACCGUGCGAAUGCGAACGGCGCACCGCCUGAAGAAACGCCGGGAUCGUUGCAGGACUCGGGGGCGAAGAUGCUGGGCGCUGGGGCAUUGAGGGCAGGCCUGAUGCUGGGGGUGGCCGUGUUGGCGUUGCUGUAG